AUGUAUGAGAUAAUUGAAUACAGAUUGGUGGUUGUCGGACCACCUGUGGUGGGGAAGUCUGCGUUGACUAUCAGACUGACCCAAGCAGAGUUUGCCAACGAGUACGACCCUACAAUUGAGGACUCGUACAGACACUAUUGUGAAAUUAACGGUGUUCCUUCGUCUUUGGAUAUUUUGGAUACUGCUGGACAGGAAGAGUAUUCGUCAAUGAGAGACUUGUACAUGAAGACCGGCGAAGGGUUUCUUUUGGUGUUCAGUUUAACCGAUCGCAAAACUUUUGAAGAAAUCAGCACGUUCUACAAUCAAAUCAUGAGAGUCAAAAGCGAACAGGUUCCGUACGCUCCAUUGAUAUUAUUGGGAAACAAAGCCGACCUUGUGGACGAAAGACAGGUUUCUAAAGACGAGGCCAUAAAUCUGGCAACCAAAAUGGGAUGUGCCUACAUUGAGACGUCUGCUAAAUCUGGUUUGAAUGUCACCGAAGCUUUUUACAACCUUGUGAAAAUUAUAAUUAAUAGUGGCUACAAACAUGCUGGACUGGUGGGAACCUCAUUUCCAGAUCCUUUGGAAGAGGCCAAGGAACGACAGAAGCAGUCGUCGAGCGCUAAAAAGGGCAAAAAGGAGUCGCACUCGAGCGCCGUUGAUCCGGUUACUGCAGGCUCUGGUGUUGCAACCAAUGGACCAAACGGCCAAGUAAACGGUCCCACGAGCUCUGCCGCUGCUCCUGGAUCAGGAGCUCACAAAGAAUCUCCAAAUACUGAUAGUGGGUCAGGUAGUAGCAGUGGUGGCACUUGUAGCAGCUGGGCUUUCACCAACGGUAGAGCCAGCAGUUCUGACAGGGACCUUGGACUUGAUGAAAGAUCCAACAGGUCCGAGCUUUUGCUCAGCGGUCUUCAAGUGAGGACCGGCUUUUUCCUUCAACACUUCGAACAAUUCAGCCAAUUUGUCCUUAGCAACCUUGGAGUAUGUGACAACAGCAUCAUCAAUCUGUUUCUUGUUGCCCAAGUAAAUCACUGGAGCAGUGAAGGAGACCAAAGUGGCAGUCAAAAGCAAAGUCCACAAACUGAAGAAAGAGGUCAAUUCGUAGAAAAUGAAAGCAAUACCUGCAACCUUCAAGGUUUGUUCAAUGUCCUUGGAGUAAAGAACUUCUUGGACUUUGACCUCUGCCUCCUUGAUCAAUUUUGCGGCCUCACCAGAGUACUGGUCAGCAUAUUUGCCAACAACGUUCUUGUAAGCAGGCUUGAAUCUGACAGCACAAGGGCUGCAAGCUUGAAAAGAAUGUUAAGCAAGUUAACAUACUUGAGCAACAGCAAAGAUCCCACAAUGGAUCCAAACACUUUUCCAGAAGCUGCUGGAUCUUUCCAAGUCAAAAGAUCGCAGUUAGACUUCUUCACAGGAGGACUAGCUAAUGGGGUUUUAACUUCCGACAUUUGGUAA